GAUCCAGUAGCAGCAGCUCUCAACUGUUGGAGCAGUUUAUCUUCUAUAGGAGCAGCAAAGGAGAUCCUCCUACAGUCGGCACUCCACUUGGAACAUGUAGUGGUUCUGGAACCCAGAGCAGAAAAUGCCACCUCCAGCUACAUCUGGGCAAACUUCCUAAUGUACAGUGAAAUGGCAAUUGGCUCCCAUUCCUUUUUCCUUUUCUUGAUGCCACUUUUCAUCUCAGGUGCAUUACUACCAGCCCCUCAGAACAUCACAAUUGUCUCCACCAAUAUGAAGCACUUUAUGUUUUGGAGCCCAGUGGUUGUUCCUGGAGAAAUCGUAAAAUAUUCUGUUGAAUAUCAAGGGGAAUUCGAGAGGGAAUAUGUCAAUCACAGCUGGAUUCCCAUUGGAGAGUGUACAGGAACCCAGAUGACUCAGUGCAAUAUCACAGAAGACAUUUUGGCCACUGUGCCAUACAAACUGCGUGUUAAAGCGGUUCUUGGGAUGCAGGCCUCGCGAUGGGGCACUCUCAAUGGCUUUUUCAACCGAGUCACAACCUCCCUCAUUCCACCUCUGUUGAAUGUUAUAGCAGAUGGAUAUCAUUUGCUCGUGGAGUUAGAACAUCUUGGACCUGCCUUUGAAUUUAGAAUAUUUUACUGGAGAAAGGGCCAACAUGAGAUGCGACGCAAAGUGGUGAGAGACAGCAGCACAGCUGUACAUCUGGGGACUAUGGAAGCUGAAACCGAAUACUGCGUGAAAGCCCAAACAUAUGUUGAGGCCAUCAAUCGAAGCAGCAAUUUCAGUGAGGUGCAGUGCGUGAGAGCUGGAGAUGGCAAAGGAAUAUGGGCAACAUUUGCCCCACUCUUCUUGGUCAUAUUUAUUCUAUCCGCUUUGUUGUUUCCUUGGGUUAUAUGGAAAAUCUGCCGGAUCUGCCAGUAUUCCUGCUGCCCAAACGAAAACAUGCCAGACACUUUGAAACUAACAGGAUCACCUGCUAGGAUGCUAAAUUACAAGGGAGAGGAGAUCGAGAAGUGCGAUGAGUUUGUGCAAGUGCUGCCCCCUGAAGAGUUUCUUCUCCUUUUGGAUUCAUGAAAACCUUUCACAUCACACACAAGACGCAAACUGCAAAAUAAGAGCUCAGUCUCUACCUUCAUCUUUGCAAAGCCAAGCUGGGCACACACAACUUUUCUGUAUGAGAAGGAUCAGGUUGCUUUCUUUGAAAGAAAAAGUGCCACAUGGUAAGCCAGACUACAGUUCAGGUGCACAAGAUUUUAGGAGGAAAGUCGGUGCAAAUCUACUAUCUCCUGUUGACAGAGAAUAGAAGCCACCAUGUGAAAGAAACAUACACAAUGAUCAUAAAUAUUUGUUGUCAUCUGCUGAACUAAGAUGUUGGGAUGUUGGUUGUUCAGGAUGACAAUGUUUUGUAUACAGAAGAAUAGUCUUGGUAGAAGACAAAUGUCAAAAUCUACAUUGAUGUUGAUUUUGAAGGACAGAUCGCUGGCAAUGAGCAAGAGAUAGACAUCUAGGGAUGAAGUGCGGGUUGUGAAGAACAUAAUUUGCAUACAUGUCGUACAGGUUCAGUUCUUUGCAUAGACAUUUAAAAAGGUCACAUAGCAGGUGAUGUAAAAGAGAUCUUGUCUGAGAUUAUGGAGAGUUAGUGACUGGGAUAAAUGGGAUAGAGUCUGAAUUGGUAUAAAACAGCAUCCUAUAUUCUGCAUAACUAAUAUUUCCAGUAAACUGCAUGUAGAUUAAUAUUCUUCAUAGGCAUUCUUCCAUCACAGACAAGAAGACUGUUUGGAAAUGGGAUAUUUUAUUGAUGAGCUCACAUGGCCACUGAUUAAUCUUCAUGUGUAAAUUGGUUUCAACAGACAGGUCAUUGUUACAUUUAACUCUUGCAGAUUACAACCACAAGGAAGUAAAACAAAACUGAUCUUUACAAUACCCACUUGGUAAAGAACAGCAAUUAGGAACUUGAAAACAAUUUCAAGUAAAACUAUUUCUGGGACAGAG